AUGGUGAGAGAAACGAAGCUGUGUUUCAUGACAGUGCUUUUUUUUGUAUACAAUACUCGUUUGGGAAACUCAGUCGAUGUCGACCACAAGUGUGCUAAUGGACAGCCACUGACUGUGUUUUGGUGGAGUCAAGAGCCGUAUAUUUACUCUUCAGAGAAACACUCACGCAAACAUCGACAAGCAGAUGAGGAACCGGAUUUAUCAGGAAUGUUUCCACACAUUUUAAGCAUUAUGCUUAAACGCUGUUGUCAUAGCAACGCAACCCUCAAUUACACAAAAAUCCCCGAGGGGCCAUCACACUUAGAUAGGGUAUUAACGACAUAUCAUUUUGAUGUCAUAAUACCCGUGGGGACGCAAGUGGGAGCAUCGACCGUUCGUCUAUACCCCUUCGCCGGGAUUCUGGAGUCUCCAGGGAUUGCAGUGUUGAUUCGGGGGAAUGUUUCCGGGACGCAGUUGUUACUGUCUGUGCUUCAGGCAUGGCCGUUACUCGUCUUCAUUCUUAUUACAGCAUCUAUUGCAGGGGUUUUAAUUUGGUUAAUGGUAGGUAGAAUUCAUACUAUUAAUGAUUCUCAAACUCGGCUGAGCAGUCACGUUUCAAUCUAUUUAUAGCAAUUAUGGAGUGUUAUUCAAACACGAUUACAUCUUAGCUGACGUGUUUAUGUAUAAUAUAACUCAAACUGAAUAAAAAGUAGUAACGAAAAGAUACCAAAACAUUUACCCGGCUGAAUUUGCACGAAAUUAUUUGCAUUUUACUAUUUACAGGUGUCUAUCUACAGUUUCUUUUUUACAAUGUUUCACUUGUUUCAUUUCUAUUUGCUAUUUUGGGUUAUCACCUUUUUUUAAGCCCCUCCUUGAAGGCGGCUAAGCUUUACUUUGCCCUGACCUCAUUGGGCAGGUCAUUCCAUAGUUUAGUCACACUAUACCUGACUGAUUUUAUUAGAAAUUUCGAGGUAGGCUUGGGGAGGGUAAAACAAUUUUUUCUUCUGAGAUCACGUAUUUGCAGUUAUAAUCAGUCAAAAUCCGUGCAAGUUUCUUAGAACAAUAAAAAAAAGUUAUGACGUAAGUGUAGCCGGAUUUGAUAAAAGCAAAAUUUCACGGUGAAACGAGAAAUUUAAUAAGAAAUAAAAAAUAAAUAAAAAAUAAAAUAAGAAAAGAGUUCAAUCCUGACACGCGGCGUUGUUUGGUAUAUGUGGCGGCCGUUUCAUUGUUUUGGAACACCAAUAUCACCGACGUUAUAAGAAAACGAUCUAUUGGAUACUUUAGAGUUGCCCUUCAGUCGUUCCGUUCCGUCCAUACUGUGCGUAAUGAUAACACACUUCACCCUCUAUAUUUAAUGUCAUCUAUAAAUUGUGUUGUUUACCCUACAGGAGAGACAACAGAACUCAGAUCAGUUUCCUUUAGCAUUUUCCCGUGGUGUGUUUGAAGGAUUUUGGUGGGCGUUUAUCACCAUGACUACGGUGGGGUAAGCGCGUGCGCAAUAAGUAAUAAUUUCUGGGAGAGGCCGAGUAAAACCGAUGAUAAAAAUGACUCGCAACGUCUUUUUAACAGGUGUAGGAGGCUCCAAACUUUUUUAAUUAUGUUCGACUUACAUAGACCUUUAGACGGCCUCUGCAAGCGUAAGAAAGCGGACAGAAAAACUGGUGUAUGAUCGCUUGUAACGAACGGCUUAACCUGUAUCCAACAUAGUGAGUACAAUAAGAUUCAAUUCGUUUACAAACAAUAAAGGGACGCUUGUAUUUUGUGCAUGUGUCACUGGAAUACGCGAUUUAUUGUUUACAUGAUAAUUACUGAAAAUGCUGUCGGAGAUAUUUAGUAGUAGCAUGUUGGUACAAGAAGGCAACAAGUUGAAAUAACUGUUGCGGUGUAACAAAUACCAGCACUUUAUGAAAAUUUAAUGAAUCCUGACGGCCGCAGGUAACAGUAAGAAUCCAAAGGCAGAACACAACCAUAAGAACUGGCUUAAAAGUGACGGUUUUCGACGUAACUCCCAAGUCAGUCUGAAUCAGGAUAGCAUACAUUUUUCGACUAGCAGUACCCGUAAAAACAGGAUGAAUCAAAAGAUCAUUCCUUUUUUGUAGUGUAUUGUUAAAAGGGCUUCUAUGUAAAUACCAACGCAAAGGUCCGUGGAAGCCAAUAGUAGAACCAACUUAUGCACUUACCAGAAUUCUGCCUUCUGAUUGGCCAACUUGCACUUGACAAUCAAAAUCACUUCUGAGGCUUAAAAUGUAUUUUUUUUUCAGGUAUGGGGACAAAGCCCCAAAAACAAUUCCCGGAAAACUUCUGGGAGUCGUGUGGAUGAUGGGCGGACUUAUUAUUACAACCAUGUUUAUCAGUAUCAUCACCACCUCACUGACUUCAGUCAGUUUGGAAGGAAGAACCAACUUGCGAGAUGUCACGGUAAAAAAGUGAUUUUUGUAGUAAAAGUAUUCCCGUUUGCUACAUAGUGAGUUGCCCGGUUAGGACAGUUGGAUAACCAACCCAGCAGUCUGCCGCUGAUAGUUCAAAUCCCGGACUGACUAACACUAAGGGUCUAUAAAAUAGGUGAAGGGAAAGUUCUGCCUUUGUAAUGACAUCUGCAAACGGUGAAACUUUGUAGUUUUCUCGAAUAAGCUUCCCGUCUUACAACCCUUAAGCUUGCACGAAUCAUAAAUUCUGUGGGACGUUAAAGAACCACACACUGUUCUUAAAGAGUAGUGGACGCAGUCCCCUGGGUGUGGUCAGACUCACAUUAGGGGGCUUUAUUUAACUCAUUACUUCAUUGCUGAAAUCAUACAAUCUGUAGGUCGUUGCGCUGAUUUUUAAAACUAACAGCAGGCCCUUUAACUAUAACAUUGUUUUUGUUUUUGUCUUUGUUUUGUUUGCUUUUCGUUUUUUAUUUUCAUGUUACGGUAUAGGCCAUUUUUUCCCUCGAAGAGUAAAUGAAAUGAGCCAACGGGUGAUCAAAAAAGCUGUGUUAUCUAGUUAACCAAACUGAGUGAAAAUAUUUCUAAUGCAGUUGAUGAAUAUGAUAUUUCUGGGAACAUACAUCUCUAAUAACAGGACGUAACGGACCGCUUACACGACAGUCGUGCUUAUCUUAAUUGCCCUGCUCUUUCUUUUUCUAUUUAAUAGGUUUCAGCAGUCAAUCAUAGCGAAGAACACAAGCUCGGCAUUCGUGAGCUUGCUAACGUUAAAGGUCCGCUAAUUAAUCGUACGUUAUGCUACAGUUUUGUUUUGUCGAAGGGCAGCUCAAAAAGAGUGAUUUACUAGAUGGCAUCAAACGUCAUACAUUUGUUUAUUUGUCUUUCUUAAGUAAUAAAACUGAAAAUUCUGUUUUAAUGGGAACAAAUGGCCCCAAAUAAUUGAAAAGUAUAAAUGAAAACAUCCUUUAUUUUAUGACUUUUUUUAAAAGAUUUUUAAUAACUUUGCCUGGGACUCCUCCUCCCCGAGGUUACGCCCCUUACCCUUUUAAACAUUUUAUAAGUUAAGAUAGCCUUCCAAAUACGUUUUAAGAUGACCAAAAUGGCAUAAUUUGAGUUUGAGUUUAUCUUUAUUCUCUUAACUGUGGCCAAUAAUCGAACGAAUGCUGCUAAACUACUACGUUGGGCAAAUGUGGCGUUUCAUAAGGAUUUUGAAAAAGCCCUAUGCUAUGGAGAAUUUCCUUUUUUCUCUCUGUUUUUUGCUUUUCUCCUCAGCUCUAGCCAACAGUGAGGAAGUAUUCACUUAUGUACUUGACCACAAAGUUGAAGGCGCUUUAGUGGACGUGCACGGACUUAAGCAUCACAUCGUCUCACUCACACAGCAUAACAUACAGGUAAACAAAAUAUUAGAGAGAUACAACCUAACUCCUAGCGAGACCAUUAAAACCAAAGAUGUAACUAAGUCAUGAGGCAGUUUCAUUUUCUCAUAGGUAAAACCAAGCAGGCAAUAUUUUGUUUUCGAGUUUGUCUCACCCCAACAAAAACGUAGCUACACGGUUGAAUGUUUUCCACUCUCUAAGCCUUGUUUUUCCGGGUCGUUUCGCAUUUCCUUCUUCUUCACCACUUAUAAAUAUUUCCUCAUGUGGGUAUCACAAGGUAAUAUCUUUUCUAGCCUCUAUUUCCCCUUCCUUUUUUUUUCCAAUACAACGUUAUUGAACAUGCACACGUACAGCUGACAUUCACAAAUAACAAUCUGCAACAAAACGAUAACUACAACUUAAAGCUGAAAAAAAAGUAUUUUUUUAGGCUUCUUUACGCAAUUGCAUAAAUUGCAUUCACUGCGACGAUCAUUUCUUCAUUUCAUUUCAUUUCCGCAGUCCAUAUAUGAUUUAUUUCAUACAUCAUUAACACUCAUUUCUUUCACGGGAAAAUAUGAACCCUCAAUUGGCCUGCUCCUAACGGACCGGAGCGGUCGUCACUUGUUUCCAUCCAAACCAAAUUGACAUUUUCCUCUCAGUGGCUCUCACAAGACAUUUCACUUUUCUUACAUGAACUUUCUGUCCCUUGAAAUUUCUGUUCAUAAAAGUCUGUUCAAUUUUCAAGGGAAAAAAAAUUCAGGAUGGCACGAGUAGGAUUCGAUCUCGGAGCAUCGCGGCCCUCCACUGCAUCACUUUAACCCCUACACCACCGAAGAUUUACUGACAAUGGAUGGUUUGGUUUGAAUAUAUAUAGCAACAACCGUAACCCUAACCCUUACUUUGUGUACGAAUCAUUAAUCUGUAAACGUCGGAUGGAAAUAAGUGUUGACUUAACGUCAGUGGCUUAAUAGCUCAGUUGGUAGAGCAUCGCACCGCUAAUCGCGAGGUUACGGGUGCAAACUUUCAGGCUUUCAGGCUUCUUUACGCAAUUGCAUAAAUUGCGUUCACCGCGACGAUCAUUUCGUCAUUUUCAUUAAGCUAACACAAUAAAAACAUUGCUAAAAUUAAAUGGAUGCGCAAUCAGUUAUAGUAAACAGCAUUUCAUACCGUAUUUAGAAGAGACCAAAAAACAGACCAUUUUUUUCUCAACUCUUUUUCGCGACCAGUCGUACAAGAAAUAUAUUUUUCUAGACUAAUUUUAUCACGAGCUAGGGAAACAAAUUCAUUAAAGAUGUAAAAUUUACCGCUAAGAGCUUUUACGUAAAAAAAUCUUUUCCUAUAAUGACAAAAUGAUUGAGGGCUGAACAGAACUUAGAAUCGUUAUUAAUAAUACCAAACAUACUUUCUUUUAUUGAAAGCGAUAAUUUUGAGUUCACCAUGCGCGAGGCCCAAUCCAGAACUCUUUCCAGAAGAAAGUGGCUUGCGCGGACUCAGUGAAAGGAUGUACGAUGGUAUGAUCUGCUGGACAAAAAGGGCAGCGUGGGGAGACUUCUUUCUUCAUUUUAAAUAAUAAGCUCUUAGUGCACAGAAUAUUGUGAAUAAUUUUGUACUGAAACAUUAACAGCUUUACUUCUUUUGUUAUUUCAAAAGGCAAUGGAUAUAAUUUUCUCAAAUCAUCCUUCUGGUAGCCAAAAUUUAAGAGCCUUUUCUCACAAGUCGGCGGAGGCUUUGAUCGAAGAGACAGCACUAGUAUAAAAACUUUGCAAGUCGUUUCCUCUAUUAAUAUUUGCAGUAUUGAGCUUUGUUCGAGGGAGCAAAUUAAGGAGUUUUUUCCAACUUUGAGGGAUGGCGUUACUAAAAGGCUAAAGUGUUGUGAAAAAAAUUACUUCUUACGUUAAAUUUAUUACGAAAAGAGUCGAAGGACGGAAAGAAGUUUUGCUGUGUAUCAAAGAUGUCCUGAAUUUUGAGAAUUCCUGCGUAACGCCAAUGCUGCAUUUACAUUGAUUUCUUAUCAGACUUAAUAAACUUAUUAUUCCAACUGACUAUCUGUUCAACAAUGUGCUAUUUCCCCUUCCACUGAUCUCUUAUGUCAAAAAUUAAUGAUAAUGAUCACUCUGCGCUUAUUAAAAUAAAGUUUUGCUCUUUAGUGCUAGCGAGGUUCUCUUUUGAGUAAAUACGUUCGCUUCUUCAGCACUUGCCUUACAUUGAUGUUAUCACACAUCAAAAACAUGAACUUCGCAGCGUUUUCAUAAGUUACUUUGUGAGUCACUAAAUUAAUGUUUGUCGACAGGUUGGUAAUAUUCUCAGCAGCAAAGUGACAUAUGGCGCAAUCGUCGCACCUAACUCCACCCACUUCCUACAAUGCGUCAGGGAAUUCAUAGAAAAUGAAGAGCAGUGGCUGUUUCAUGUUCUGGCAGAGAACACAGGAACUACUCAGGUAAGCAAUUUCUUUAACUGGUAUGCAAAGAUGGGAAAUUUAAGUGGGAAAACUAAACCAAACACUGAGUUUUGAUGUUUCUAAAGAGGGGAACGGGAAAGUGAAAAGUGAAAAAAAAUGCAGAGAAAUGGAAAUACAUAACUGUAAAGUUGAUGAUAGAGCUAGGAUUCAAGUUAGGUGUUGUUUCCUUUUUUCAUUUUUCCCACCCCCCACCCCCCUUCUCGUUUCCCGCUCCCCGCUCCCCGCUUUCCGCUCCCCGUUUCAUAGCAGCCCCUCCCCGCUGCCUUUCCUAGUGUUGGUUGGUGUUGAAACCUUACUUACAAAUAGUUAACGUGGAGUUAAGAAAAAGUAAGUCAGGGAAAAAUUUUGAAACUUAAACUUCACAAAGUCGUUCAGGAAAAGGAGAAAUUAAAAAUUAUAUUGUAGUUGAACUAUAUAGCAGCUCAUUCUGAAACUCAUUUAUUGAAAAGAUAUCCUCCCCUACCUUCCUGAUAGAAAGCCUUAAAGAGGACUUGAAAUUUCGGCUGAAUUGAAAGUUAUCGUAUACAAUAUAAUUAAGCAAGAGCCAGUUUGACACCGACUCGCCUAGAUAAGCCGUUAAUGAAAACAGCUGCUUCUAGAACAAUAGAUUUCAUUUGUGUGGGUUCAUUUCUCAAUCUGAACACUAUAACCUUGCCUUUUUCGGGGUAGUUUUUCCUGCUUCUUCUAAUAAUACCAAUUUCUAAUACCAAUUUCUUUAGAGGUCAGGUUAUGCUCGUUCUUGCUCGUUAAUAAAUGCUUAAUAACUCAGAUCCCGAGGGAAAAAGUUUACUUUGUUUCGCGAGAAUCUCAAUCUCAAUCUCAACAUCGAGAUCCGAGGAAAACAAAAUGAACUGUUUCCCGAGGAACCAGUCUUUAAGCGAUUUGUUACCUAGCCCACGAAGAAAACGUUUUAAUUAUUGACUGUGUACAAAUUUAUGAAAAUAAAUCUGGCAAGCGGUAGCCAUACGCGAGUAACAGUGAACUGUUACCCUCUGACGUCAUAUUUCGCAACACUGCCUGCUCAGAGAUUUUGUUAGAUGGGAUGAGACCUCGAAGUAACCAAUGAGAGCUCGCGCUGUUAAACAAACGAGGUUAUUCCGCGCUUGUCUGCACUCAUUUUUAUUUUUUAAAAUAUUUUCUAUGAUUAGAUAGUUGUACUUGCCUACGCAUUCUUUUCUUAUAAUUACUAGCUAAUUACUUAAAACUAGCUGGAAAAAAUACGAGGUUUAAGUAGGUUUUUUUUACAUUCAUGAUUUAACAGACAAAGAUAAGUGUUGCAGAGGACUACUUCGGAAGUGGAGGAAUAUUCAGCAUCACUGUGUACAGUGGUUUGUCAUUAUUUGUGGUACUGAUUGCUGUAGGACUUGCAUGGGAGAUGUACAGGAAAACCAACAAGAAAAAACAAAUUGAAGAGAAUCAGGAAGGUGUGAGAUUACCCUGCUAAAUGAAAUACUUAAAACUGAUGCGGCACUUAGCUGAGGCUGCUAAAAAUGAAUCCGCAUUUAAAGAGCUCAUGCAUAUUUCUUUACGCUCCUUAGUUUUGUAACGUGGUGAGGAUAUGAUCAUGCAUAAGAUGACAAUGUUACUUAGAAAUAGUUUGAUUAGUUAUAUUGCAAAAUUCUUCAAUCCCAACUUCUAAAAAAGGAGAGACAAUAAUACUUAACAUACUACACUCAAACUUUGUGCCAAGAGCAAUAGAUACAACCAGGAGUCCAUCAAAUUUGAUGGGCUCCUGAUACAACCCAUUUGGUAAAAUUCCACCUUUACAUCUUGUAAGACACCUGUUAACCUACAUUGACUUACAAACUUUACUGGCAAUUGUUCAAGCAUUGAACAGUGGCAAUUUACAUUUAUAAGCGGAUUGUUUUAGGCCCCGUUUACAAGGGGAAAAGUUAUCAGAGUUAUCCUGGGUACUAAAGAGCCACCCACCCACCUACCCUGCUAGCAACCUAGGCCAGCCAACUUUUCACCUACAUUUUCUUACAAAACGUCGGAAACCGUUUACAAGAGAAACAAAAAUUUGGCUCGAAGGUUAACCCGCCUAGCCGGAUCACUAUUUUUCGAUGGUAAGGUAACUCUCCUACCCAAACCAAUGUUUCUCCAUUUUAAACAAUUUGGAUAGCCCUGCCGCUCCAACUCGCCGGGUUAAGGCGACACGAUCAGAGCAGGCGCGAGUACUGUUGAUUUGGGCAAAGCGGUCAACUUUAUUCUCAUAUGCUAAAACUCUCGUUUUGACUUGGAUGGGAGGGCGUGGUCCCCUAUUUCCUGCGACAACUUUUCUUCAGAUAAAAAUGAUUAACAGGGCUAAUGAAAAUAGAGCUUUUGGUUUUCCCAUUGAAGACCACGCGAUGUCUUCAAACGAAUCUCAUAAAUUAUGCAUUCAUAUAAUGCACGUGCACAGCUAGAUAGAAGAACAUUUAAAUGAAACAGUUCUCUGGAGAAACAUCACAAGGUCUGGUGAAAUGGUAAAACAAAAUAACAUACCAGCUAAAAAGGUCUAUUAACUCUUUUAAUGCAAGAAAAUUGAUUUCCUGGUAAUGUAAACUUUUUCUUUUGUUUCGAUAAAUUUGCAUAGAUGCGGGUCACGCUCCAUAGAGAGCGCAAGAUGAUAAAUUUUUGUGUCCCAAUUACAUGAUGAUUAAAAUUAAACUAUAUGUACGUAAGCAAAUGAUAACACAGAACCAGAAAAGUAUUAACAUUAGUGUAGAGGAAAUGAUCUAUUGCCUAACGCAUUUUUGCUCCCAGAAUAUUUUCCUACAUGAUUUGAUAAAGCGCGCUGAACUCUUGAGCCGAAAAAAAUCCUAUCUCGACAAAGUAUUGUUUUUUUUUCUUAAUUAUUAUCAACAUAUAUAUCAUCUCCGUCUUUUUUAAAAUACUUUUAGAGUAAAAACUAAGACUAAGAGACACGUCACUGCUUUAUGCCCCUUAAAUCAUAUCUCGUAUUACAGAAAACAUUGGGAUCGAUAACAAAUAGGUAAUGAGAAAAAUCAUUUGUUAUUACAGGGGUCAGGUCAGGAUCGGCCAACAUUGCUUUGGAGGAUUUGGAAACCAAACCGACCCCGAGAUUAUCGUUUGGUCCUGAUCCCGCAGAACAACUCCUCUCAAGACAAAGUAUGGAGGUUAUGAGAAUAGAUGAAGAACUCCAAAAUUUUCAGCAAAGCUGGCAACAAAGACGAGCAGCUAUGUUAGAGCGACACCAAAGGGAACGAGCUAAAGAUCUCAUUUCUUUGCCAGUUGUUGCAGAUGAAUGA